AUGUCAAGGCCAACAGAAAAAACACUGUCACCGUUGGCAAUUGUUGGACUGUCGCUCAAAUUCCCACAGGAUGCGGUUUCCUCAGAAUCCUUUUGGGACAUGAUCGUCGAGGGAAGGUGCGCCUCAACGGACUUCCCUCCAGAUCGAUUGAACAUCGACUCCCACCAUAACGUGAACCCCAAUCGUCUUGAUAGCUUAUCUCUACGUGGGGGUCACUUCAUGAAAGAAGAUGUUGCCUUGUUUGAUGCGCCUUUCUUUUCUAUUACUGCCGCAGAGGCAGAGGCUAUGGAUCCCCAGCAGAGGCUGAUCCUGGAAGCUACCUUCCGAGCACUGGAGAAUGCUGGUAUUACCAUGGAAGGAAUUGCACGAUCAAAGACGUGCGUUUUUGCUGGCUCAUCAGGUCAUGAAUAUCUGAUGUUGCAGGCAAAAGACCCCCAAUAUCUACAGAAGUGGGGUAUCACAGGAACGACUGGAAAUAUGGUGGCGAACCGUAUUAGCUGGUUCUUUGACCUCAUUGGACCCAGUGCUGCAAUUGACACUGCUUGCUCAAGCAGCCUGAUGGCCAUUGACAUGGCAUGUCAGUCCAUAUGGAGUGGUGACUCAACCAUGGGACUGGCGAUUGGAAGUAACGUUAUCCUGGCACUGGAGACAUCACUGAUGAUGGACAACCUGGGACUUCUAUCCAAAGACAGUCGUUGUUACAGUUUUGAUGAACGUGGUAAUGGACAUGCACGAGGUGAAGGGGUUGGCGUUCUUGUCAUUCGCCCUUUAGAAGAUGCUGUACGAGAUGGAGAUACGGUCCGAGCCAUAAUAAGGUCUUCAGCGUCUAACCAGAAUGGAAGGACAUCGGGGAUUACGCUGCCGAGUAGCGAGAUGCAAGCUACAUUGAUACAAGAGGUUUAUCGCAAGGCGGGAUUGGACAUGGCAACGACGCGCUAUUUUGAAGCACACGGAACAGGAACUGCCAUUGGAGAUCCAAUCGAAACCGCAGCCAUUGGCUCCGUAUUUCGACCACAUCACUCUCUAGAUAAUCCAUUAUACAUUGGGUCGGUGAAGUCCAAUAUCGGGCAUCUCGAAGGUGCCAGUGGAGUUGCUGGAGUCAUCAAAACAGUCCUGGCACUAGAGAAAGGGAUAAUUCCUCCCAACAGUGUGAAUCUGCAGAGCCUGAACCCAAGAAUUGAUGAUGAUUUCUUGAAUAUUAAGUUCCCACAAAAAGCUCUACCCUGGCCCUCGGAAGGACUUAGACGAGCAUCAGUUAGCUCUUUUGGCUAUGGCGGAUCAAACGCCCAUAUUGUGCUGGAUGAUGCUUACCACUUCAUGAAACUGAAUGGCCUGAAAGGGAACCAUAAUACAGUGCUCCCCGCGCAGUUAUCUAAAUGCAGAGAUUGCGAUCUGGACACAGAGGGGGGAAUUAGUUCAGAUGCAACUGGCUUCAAUGGACUAACAGAAACAACAAACGACACACCUAAACUCCUCGUCUGGUCAACAGCAGAUGAAAAAGGAAUUUUUCGACUUAAAGAAACCUGGAAGUCACGCUUCCCCACAAUCUCCAAAUUGAAUAAGGAGAGCCCAAGGUUUCUCAAUGAUCUCGCUCAUACAUUAGCGAGUAGACGGUCUCAUCUAUCAUGGAGGUCGUUUGCUGUCACUCGCCCGUCAGAUGACCUGGGGGCAUUGUUUGACCGAUUUUCGCCAGCCUCCAAGUCUCGCGGGUCAUUAAAUCUUGCUAUGAUGUUCUCUGGGCAAGGAGCCCAGUGGUAUGCGAUGGGGCGCCAGCUUCUCAAUAUUUACCCCGUGUUCCUGCAAAGUAUCGAGGAUGCUGGCGAGUAUCUCCAGACAUUAGGAUGCGAAUGGACGCCCCUUGACGAGCUCGAACGCAACGAAUCCACGUCGAAUAUCAAUAAGACUGAGUAUAGCCAAAUCCUGUGCACAAUCCUCCAGGUGGCUUUGGUCGAUCUCCUCCGCUCUUUGAAUAUCACUCCCAAAGCGGUACUAGGUCAUUCAUCAGGCGAGGUGGCAGCAGCGCGAUCGGCUUGGAAGGUAUCCUAUUAUCGAGGUUAUAUGAGCAGCAAGCUGGAGAGUUCCAGCCAAAUGAGAGGUUCCAUGCUUGCAGUGGGACUAUCAGAACAAGGCAUCAAGCCGUACAUCGAGAAGCUCAGCAAGGAUCUCGAGGAUUUUAAUCUCAUUGUUGGCUGCAUCAACAGCCCCAAGAGCGUCACGGUGACUGGAGAGGUGACCCAGCUCGACUCCCUCAAAAUCAUACUUGACAAGGAUAAUAUCCUUUGUCGGAGGCUUAAGGUCAAUUUGGCUUAUCAUUCACCUCAAAUGAAGGAAGUCGCGGCUCUUUAUCAGGAUGCGAUGGGAGACUUGGAGGUAGAUUAUACGGGACAUAAUAAUAGCCCCGAGAUGGUGUCCUCUGUGACCGGCGAUUGGAUCAAUCCAGGAGAGGUCUCUCAGGCUGCAUAUUGGGUGAAAAACAUGGUCUCUCCAGUGCGCUUCUCGGAUGGCCUGACCACACUUUGCUCGGGGUCUGCUCUGAAUUCACACAAGAGACUGGACGGUAGUCAUCGCAGAACAAGAGAUAUUGACCACAUACUCGAGGUUGGUCCACAUUCAGUCUUACAGGGUGCCUGCAAGGAUGUAUUGAAGAACAUUGCAAACCACACACCAACUGAAUAUCUUUCACUAUUGGUACGAAACAUGUCAGCGGCUGAUACUGCUUUUGCCGUCUUUGGUAAUCUGCACAUCGCCGGCUAUCCGAUUGAUCUUUCCCUGGUGAAUGGAAUUGAUUCUACUGGACACGACAUUCCAAAAUCAUUGCCAGAUUUGCCCGAGUACCCGUUCAACCAUGAUACUUCAUACUGGCAUGAGAGCAAAAUUAGCAAAGACCACCGGCUACAUCCAUUUGGCCGGAAAGAUCUACUGGGGGUCUCUGAUCCGAACUGCAAUCCUUUCGAGAUGCGGUGGAGGAACUUUGUACGGGUUUCUGAGAUGCCUUGGACCAAAGAUCAUCAGGUCAAUGGCACAAUUGUAUACCCUGGCGCUGGCAUGCUAGUGAUGGCUAUUGAGGCGGCCAAACAGGUGGCAGAGCAAGGACGAAUUAUUUCUGGAUUUAACAUCCAAGAAGCCAAAUUCCAUGCCGCGAUGAUAGUUCCCCCUGGAACACACGGCAUUGAGACUAGCAUUUAUCUCCACCCCGUCAAGGGCAUGGACUCCAACAUCUCUGGCUGGUUUGAAUUUCGCCUCUGCACGUGUGAGAACGAAGAAUGGAUCGAGAACUGCACUGGAUCUAUCCAGAUCGUGUACACUUCCGACGAGGAUGAGCAUGAAAUGGACAAAAUGCACCAAGAGGAAUUGUGGAGCUCGCGAUUGGAAGCAUACUCGGAUGCCAUCAAAGCAUGCACAUUACUAGUGGACGGCUCGUCUCUAUAUGAUCGGUUUUUAAACUCUGGCUAUGACUAUGGAGAAGCAUUCCAACUCAUCGAGACAUUGUCACUUAGCCCCGCGCAGCCGUGUGUAACUGCUCACGUCAAAAGAUUAUCUUCUUCAACAGGCGAGACGAUCCACCCAACAACGCUUGAUGCCAUACUGCAAACAUCCAUCUGGACCGGGGUGGCUUCUGAGACGGAGAAUAUCCCUACAGUUGUUCUAAAGAGUGUGCGAAACUUGUGGGUUGCGAGCACUUUGGAAAACACAUCAUCCAGUAUUCUGAGGACGUAUGCUACUCGCACUGUGGGAUCCCCAUGUCUGAGCUCUUCAUCCGAUAUCUUCGCAUUUGAUGAGGCAUUGCACAAAACUGUGGUUUCCAUUGAGGGACUUGAAAUAGAAGUCGACGAGAUGGAACUUGCAGAGGAAAGUUCCACUGAAUUCCCGGAAGAUCUCUGUUAUCAGGUUCAAUGGAAGCCCGAUCUCAACCUACUGAGCAACAGAGAAACCACGGAUCUCUGUAUAAAUGAAUACCCCGAAUUGAAAAGAGAAACAGAAGAUUUCUUUACUGACUUGGAUUACAUGUUUAUGGCGCGCAUCGAUGAAACCUUGAAAAUAUUAUCUGGCCAACAGCUCAAGCCCUCAAUGCCACAUCUGCGGAAGUAUGUGGACUGGAUGAUGCAUCGACAGCUUAGCGAAGAUCAACUGGUUGAUCUUGACUAUCUCCAAGAUGUCGAAAAUCGAUUGCUGAAUCUUAACAAAAGAGCCCAUCUCUAUGUCACUGUUGCUCGAAAUUUACUGAAGUUCAUUACCGGUGAAAUGGAUUCGUCAACCUUCUUUGAAGUGAACAUGAUGAAAGAGUUUUACUCUGAAGAAGUUCAGGAAUCCCAGGGGCUCAGGCAGUCUGGCAAAUACCUUGAUCUUCUAUCUCAUCUCAACCCCAGAAUGAAGAUUCUGGAAGUCGGCGCAGGGAUUGGAUCCAUGACAGAGGUUAUGCUGCGCACAUUGGGGAAUACUGAAAAGAGCAACCCGCAGUAUGCCCAAUGGGACUUCACCGAUAAAUUAGAAUCGUCUUUUGCUGAUGCUCAAGACCAAUUCCACCAGGAAGCUGGGCGGGUGCAAUUCAAGAUUCUAGACAUCGAGCAGGAUCCUGAGAAACAGGGAUUCGAGUGUGGCACAUACGAUAUAGUCGUUGCUUCCAUGGUCAUUCAUGCUACUUCGAACAUUAAAGCUGCUCUAGGCAAUGCCAGAAAGCUUCUAAAGCCAGGGGGCAAGCUCAUGCUGUACGAGAUGAUCAGUCCUGGUGUCCGGUCUACUUUCACCUUCGGCCUCCUUGAGGGAUUCUGGAUCAAUUCAGUCGCAGAUUCGGGGCCGGGAACUUGCUUCGACGAGAGGCAAUGGAACGACCUUCUUCUCCAGACCGGAUUCUCCGGCCUUGAUUUCAUUUUACCAGACUUUGAUGGAAUCAUGUCCCAUGAAUUUGGUCUGAUAGUUUCGACAGCCGCCGAGGACCCACCGGCAGUCUAUCCUGUGCCGGAAAUUGAAAUUGUCUACGACGCUGCCAAAUCGGACCAGCAGGAACUUGCACAGUUCCUUGUCAAAUACUGCCAAUUGAACAAGCUCGCACCUGUCCGUUCUUUCUCUGUCCAAGAGGCGAUGGAGCACACGUCUGAAAAUCCAUUGCUGCGGAUCUUCCUUCUCGAGCUUGACGUUCCCAUUUUGUCAGAAAUUCAACCAGAGCUGUUCCAACAACUUCAGAUUCUCCUUUCCUCACCAUCACAGGCUCUGUGGAUUAACCAAGGAGGAGGAAUACUACCCUCCCAGCCGCAAUUCCAUCUCGUGGAUGGACUGUUUCGCGUACUGAUGACGGAAGAUAGCAAGCGUAAACUUCACCUACUUUCCCUCGAGCCUCGCGGCCCCUUGGAUACAAAGCAACGCGAUCAUAUCACAAGGUUGAUUAGAUUUUUCUUGUCACCAUCUACUUCAAAUGCAGAUACGGAGUACAUUGAGCAAGAUGGAGUCUUGAACAUUUCUCGCCUGAUCGCUUCCAAACCAUUGAAUGAGAGCAUAUCUGCCAUGGCUACCUCGCAUCAACACCGCACGCAAAGCUUCGACUGCAAGACUCCACUGCGGUUCAACCCCACAUCUCCGGGCCUAAUCAAUGAAUUCGAGUUCAUUGAAGAUGAGACUGCUUACAUCCCACUCGAGCCAGAUGAGAUCGAGAUUGAGAUUAAAUGCGCAGGACUGAAUUCCCACAACGAUCUGAUUGCAGCAGGCCAUUUGAAGGCGAGUGAUACUGGAUCUGAGUGCUCUGGAAAUGUCAUUCGAGUGGGUGACGCCUGUGAGCGAUUCAAUGUCGGUGAUUCCGUUGCUGUCCUACACAACGGUUGCUUUGCCACGUCCAUUCGCCUGCGGGAAACUGGGCCCGUCGUUAAGAUUCCUGCGGGUAUAUCAUUCGAAAUUGCGGCAGCUGUUCCAGUUAACUUCGCCACUGCAUACAUAGCACUCCACACCGUGGCCCGCAUCCAGCCUGGCGAGAGUGUGUUGAUCCACUCAGCAUCCAGAGAUACUGGCCAAGCAGCAAUCCAGAUUGCAAAGAAUGCUGGAGCAACAAUAUUUGUGACAGUUAUUUCUGAGAGCAAGAAACAACUGCUUAUGGAUGUCUACGGCAUUCCUGCGUCCCACAUUUUCUCCAGCCGCACGGUUGUAUUUUCAAAGAUGAUCAAGCAUCGCACCGGCGGAAAGGGUGUCGAUAUUAUUCUCAACUCACUGACAGGGGAAGGUCUGUUCGAAUCUUGGAGGUGUAUUGCACCCUAUGGUCGAUUUAUUGAGAUCGGUAAAGGGGAUAUUCUAUCAAACCAGGGCCUCCCUAUGCUCCAGUUCCUCGAGAAUGUCACCUUCAGUGGCAUCGACUUAGCUGCCAUGUCAGUUGAAAGACCUGAAUUAUGCAUCGCUGCUCUCAAGUCGGUCUUUGAUUCUAUACAGACUGGCGACCUGCAUCCAUCCCAGCCUAUUCACUUAUACGGGGUAGGGGAAAUGGAGGAAGCAUUCCAAAAGAUGCAGACUGGCCAACAUAUUGGUAAAGUGGUACUUGAGAUGCGUGGGCAUGACCAGACGGCGUUGAAAACCAGACCCAGUUUCACGUUGGAUCCCAAUGCAACGUUCGUGGUGUCAGGGGCAUUUGGGGGUCUGGGAAGAAAUAUCGCAUGCUGGCUAGCAGAUCAGGGAGCUCGCUAUUUACUCCUUCUCUCAAGAUCUGGGGGACAAAGUGAGAAGGGUAAGGACCUUGUCAAGCAUCUUGAACUGAAAGGUGUGAUGGUCCUGGCCCCAGCUUGUGACAUCUCGGAUGGAGAAUCAGUGAAGAACGCUUUACGUGAAUCCCGAUCACAAAUGCCGCACAUCAGGGGGUGUAUUCAGGCAGCCAUGGUAUCGAGAGAUGCUCGCUUUGAAGAAAUUUCCCACCAAUUCUGGCAAGAAUCCAUUAGCCCCAAGGUCCAAGGAUCGUGGAACCUCCACAAACACCUGCCCCAAGGCAUGGACUUUUUCAUCCUGCUGUCUUCUCUCUCAGGCAUUUUAGGAUCCACUGGGCAGGCAAACUACGCCGCUGGUGAUACCUUCCAUGAUGCGCUAGCUCGGCAUCGUGUCGGGUUGAGCGAGAAGGCGACUUCCCUCGACUUGGGGUGGUGUGAUUUCAGUGAUACCAUGUCCAACAAUACCCGGCCCAGAGACCGUGGUCUAGCACCGGUAACUGAAGCCCAAUUCCAUGCCCUGCUAGCCAAGUUUUGUGAUCCUAGGAUUGGACUUCCAACACGGUUAGAUUGCCAGACUGUCAUUGGCUUGUCAUCGAGUGCACUCUCCGACAAGAAACAAUGGCAAGAUAACCCACUUGUUCGACACCUGAUCACCAACGAGAGACUCGGUGGAAAAGAAGAUAGUCGAUCACACAGCGCCAAGGGGGCAGGGUCGCUGCUGCAAGCCGAAACUUUGGCUGACGCAAAUGCGGCAGUCUUGGAAUUAUCCACUGAAAAGCUUUCAAAGACUGUAAGCAUGGCGAUGGCGGACGUUGAUGCGAACACACCCUUGCACCAGUACGGAGUGGACUCGCUCGUUGCGGUAGAACUGCGUGAUUGGUUUGCGGAAGUGCUUCAGGCUGAGUUGGGUGUUUUUGAGAUCCUUGGAGGUGCAACGUUGGCUUCGGUGUCACAGCUGGCUGCGAAGAAGAGCAACCUCGUCCAGGCUUCAUAG